AGACGGUGUGGCGAGGCGGUGCCCCUUUAAGACGGUGUGGCGAGGCGGUGCCCCUUUAAGACGGUGUGGCGAGGCGGUGCCCCUUUAAGACGGUGCAAAGUGGUUCGGUGUUCCUUUGACACGCUGCGACGGAAGGUGCGCAUGCGCAGGGCUGGCGGUGUGCCUAGCAACCACAACACGGCGGCGGCGGCGGCGAGGAGAUGGCCAAAGCCACCACCAUCAAAGAGGCCCUGAUCAAGUGGGAGGAAAGAACGGGUCAGAAGGCAAAUGAAGCGACUGAGGUGAAAUUGUACGGCCAGAUCCCCCCUAUUGAAAAGAUGGAUGCAUCUCUCUCCAUGCUAACCAAUUGCGAAAAACUCUCUCUCUCGACUAACUGCAUUGAAAAGAUAGCUAAUCUGAAUGGGCUAAAGAAGCUAAAAAUUCUAUCACUGGGAAGAAACAACAUAAAGAAUUUGAAUGGUCUGGAAACUGUAGGUGAAACACUGGAAGAGUUAUGGAUCUCUUAUAACCUGAUUGAAAAGCUGAAAGGUGUACAUGCAAUGAAGAAACUGCUUGUAUUGUACAUGGCUAAUAACCUUGUGAAAGAUUGGGCGGAGUUCAGCAAGCUGGGUGAUUUGCCUGUCUUGACUGACCUGGUCUUUGUAGGAAACCCUCUGGAAGAGAAACAUUCAUCUGAUGGGACUUGGAUAGACGAGGCAACCAAGAGGCUCCCCAAACUCAAGAAGCUGGACGGGAACACUGUGAUCAAACAAGAAGAGGACGAAGAGGCUUAAAGCCAAUCUGGAAAUGAACAGUCACGUUACAUAAGCUAACUUCUUAAAGACCUCCUCACAUGCGUGUGCCCUUUCCCCCCACCCACUCCCGCUUCCCUCCUCUCCCCAUUGCACUUUCUAUCUUUCUAUAACAUCCUUUUUACAGGACAGUAACUGGUAUCAAAUCACAGUUGCUAGGCUUUUUGACCUUUCAAAACCAUUUUCACUUAGCGUUUUAAGGCAAUUGCACAAGGACUAGGUUAUGGCAUUAAACUGGUCUCCAAGCCUUUGAUAUUGUUCACAAAUAUUCCAAGACUCAUUUUGUUCUCUUAAACCAUUUAAAAUGGGCAACACAACUGUUUGUUAAACUAUAAGAAUUUUUUUUAAAAACUGUUCCUUUCAUAUGAGAAAUGGUUAACUUAUUAAAACAGUCAAAGUGAGAUUUUUUUGUUAUUUUCUAGUACAGUACUUGAAGUUUUUUUUUAACUUAUUUGUAAUUGUAAAUUAAUUGCGCUUUAUUCUGAGGCAGCUUUGUUGUAAGGGACGUGAUGUUGUGCUCAACCAGACUGUUCUCUUCUCUUCCAAUGAACACGCAUGUGAUAGAACAGAACCUUCCAUCUGUGUGUUGCACCCCACUGUUGUCGUGAUUUUGAAAAGUGUUUUUGUAAGGUGCUUUUUAAAAUGUUUUUAUACAAAAUUAUUUAUCAGAAGAUAUUGUACAUCACAGUGUUCUAUCUUGUGAAAAAUGGUUUAUUCUAAUAACUAUUAAAGGGUCGUUGGUAACUUCC